ACAGUGGUAGCCAGCAUGGACAGUGGCCCCCAGACAUCGCCCACAGUCAUGAAGUGGAAGACGGUGCUGGCUAUCUUCGUGGUGGUCGUGGUUUACCUGGUGAUCGGAGGCACGGUCUUCAGAGCUCUGGAGAAACCUUUCGAAAGCAAGCAGAAGACUAAGAUCACGACGGAGAAAUCCAAUUUUCUUCGAAAUCACCCCUGUGUGAACCCCGGAGAACUUGACGCGCUUAUUGAGCAUGCAAUUGAGGCUCUUGGCGCUGGAGUGAAUCCUGUAGAUAAUUCAGCUAACAAUACAAGUCACUGGGAACUUGGUAGUGCCUUUUUCUUUGCUGGGACUGUGAUAACCACAAUAGGUUAUGGGAAUAUUGCACCCAGUACUGAAGGAGGGAAAAUAUUCUGCAUCUUAUAUGCAUUGUUUGGAAUUCCUCUCUUCGGCUUUCUGUUAGCAGGGAUUGGGGAUCAAUUGGGCACAAUCUUUGGUAAAAGUAUUGCAAGAGUGGAGAAAGUAUUCAGAAGAGAGAAAAAGCAAGUGAGCCAAACUAAAAUCCGAGUCAUCUCCACAAUCCUUUUCAUUCUAGCGGGCUGCCUUGUUUUUGUGACUAUUCCAGCAAUUAUUUUCAAGCACAUCGAAGGUUGGACAACUCUGGACUCCAUCUAUUUUGUUGUUAUCACCUUAACAACUGUAGGAUUUGGUGACUAUGUAGCAGGUGGAAACAUAGCUAUUCAUUAUCGGGAAUGGUAUAAACCAUUAGUCUGGUUCUGGAUUCUUGUGGGUCUGGCCUACUUUGCAGCUGUCCUCAGCAUGAUUGGAGACUGGCUACGUGUGAUAUCCAAGAAAACAAAGGAAGAGGUUGGUGAAAUUAAGGCUCACGCCGCUGAAUGGAAAGCAAAUGUGACAGCAGAGUUCAGGGAAACACGAAGGCGAUUAAGUGUAGAAAUUCAUGACAAACUUCAAAGGGCAGCAACCAUCCGAAACAUGGAGCGAAGGCGGCUUGGUUUGGACCAACGAGCCCAUUCUCUUGACAUGCUUUCUCCCGAGAAACGGUUGGCGUUUGCAGGUCUGGAGACGGGUCAAUUCAAGGCAUCAUCUCAGGAAAGUAUAAACGGAAACUCUAACAAUCUACAGCAGAAAGAAACAAGGCAAUAUGACAAACACAUGCAAGGAGCUUCAGAAGACAACAUCAUCAAUAAAGUUGGAUCUUCAGCAAGAGGGCCCAAGCGAUACAAAAAUAAAGAAUUAAAGAGAGAGAUACCAGAGAAUGUUAGAAAAAUAUAUGAAACAUUUGGAAAUUGCACACUGGAUGAAGAGAAAAAGGAACAGGAAAGAGAGAAAGAAAACAAUACAAAUAUUCCAGCUAUAACAAGCUACGUUCAACAUUCAGAAGUAGAGGAUGACAGAACACCCAAUGAAGCCAAAAAUCUAGAGAAUAGGAAAUUACUUGAAAAAAAGAUAUGAAAGCACCAUGGUGAACAAUAUAAAAAAAAUAGUUUGGAGUUUUUUUUAAACUAUUGACA